GUAACAUUCUUCCAAAAUCGCCUUCAAUGGUAUUUCAUAAUGAAAAUGAAGUAGAACAUAACCUAAAAGUUUUUCGUGGUUUUAACUCUCAUCUCAAGCUUAAAAAAUGUCCAUAUUAAAUAAAUCACUUUCCAGAAUAUCCGGAAAUUUGUUACAUAUCGCCAAAUACUCGGUAAAUAUUUCCAAUAGUACAAACCCUUUUGUGUUUAAAACGAAUUUUACGCCAGAGGAGCAACAAAAAGUACUUAGUAUUUUAAACAGCUCUAAUCUUGAGCAAUUGGCAAGUUUCAGUGUAUCGCAAAGUAGAAUAAAAAAUUUAGAAUCAUGGAGAACUAAAAAAGGGCCAUUUAGGAGUUUAAAUGAAGUAUUAGAAGUUGACGGUUUAGGUGAGAAAGUGUUAGAGAAAAUUUGUGAAAACAUAAUUAAUUACAAUACUGACGAAACUACCAUCAAAAAGAAUAAUGGGAUAAACAAAAGGCUUAAACAACUAGUAUCACCACCAAUUCCACCAAACGUUGUUAAUAAAAUUCAGUCAACUGUAGGUAUACAUUUAGGACCAAUGGGUAUAAGUUGGGCCAAAUUGUCGCGGGUUCAAAAUGAACUUAACAACUGGAACUCUUUAGAUUUUAGCACGCUUCCCAAAAAAAUGUUGCCAACGGAGACUUUUGGACUGGCAAUCCGAGUUCUUCAAAAAUUACCCCCUGGGGACAUAUACAUACUAGAGGCCACUCCGUCUAUGAGCCCCCAAGCGACAGCGCAAGUAUCUGCCAUAACCACUUACAACCAACAACUAGAACUAACUUCCAUGUUAAUAGCUUUGCUUAAUACUAGCAUUCGACACAAUACAUCCCUGCAGAAUACCGAGACGCUGCCUAUCGAGAACAUAGUUUAUCACCUCAGAACGAGGAUACCGGCAAGGUUGUUCCGAACAUUGGUAGGGAAUGAACGAGUAUCGGCAUUGACAAAAGUAACGGAAUUAGUACAGAACGACGGUAAACUGAACCAUUUCUCUCUACCUUGCACUCCCGUUAACGUGAAGGAGCAAUUGAAGAACGCAUUUCUCUCUCAGACUCCCGCCAGUAAAGAACUACUCGGCCAGGCUUUAAUGUUGGUCGUCAGCUUCAUGGAUUUGUGCGUGUAUAAGAAUCCUAUCAGUUUGGUCGCCAUCGCCUCCGGAAAAAAUAACAAUAAAUAGCUCGACUGAGCUUUUACCUCUUCUAGUCAGAAAUUGUUUUAAUUGUUAUUGGGAAAAUUCAAGAAAAAGAUAUGACUAUUCCAGUGAUUUUUGUAAAAUGUUCUAAUGCUAUAAUUGAAUCUUAGUGUACUAAAGUAGUGUAACAGAAAUCUGUAAUAGAUUUAAAAAAUAUAAUCCUGUAGAAAAUAGUAAAUCGUAAAUGAUUACAAGCCAUGUAACCUUCGAGCUUAGGCAACCAAUAUUGCACGUUGGUCCUGUCGACUAGGAAUCCCUAAAUCUUAGUGUCAUCGAUAUUAAUGAUUCGUUUACAAUGAACAGUGGCCAACCGUUGCGUCUAUGCUAAUGCGUUCGCUGAUGGAAUGAAUAAAAUGUUGUGAAAAAUUACAUCAGUCACCGGUGAAACAUAAUUUUGUGUUCUAAGGUAACCUUGAUCUUAUUGUUUCAAUAACUUUUCUGUUUCAAAGUUAUUGGUCACGUGGCUUGUCAUCAUUUAGGAAAGCUCUGUAUUAUAUUGUUCAUAUUAUGAUAUAAAAUUAAUAAUAAUUUACUGCUUACUUGGAAUUUUGUAUUUCAGAUUUCACGAUUAAAGAAUUUUUACAAUUCAACUUACUCUAAUUAUUUUAAAGAUCUAUUUGUAAUAUUUAUG